GACUUGCUCGUUUUUACCACCGCCGCAAUGCCGAAGAAUAAGGGAAAGGGAGGAAAGAACCGCCGUCGCGGAAAGAACCAAAACGAGCCUGACAAGCGUCAGCUCAUCUUCAAGGAGGAAGGCCAGGAAUAUGCCCAGGUCGUCCGCAUGCUCGGAAACGGCCGCGUUGAAUGCUUCUGCUUUGAUGGCGAAACUCGUCUCGGUCACAUCCGUGGCAAGAUGCGCAAGAAAGUUUGGAUCAACACGGGCGAUAUCAUCCUGAUUGGUCUGCGUGACUUUCAAGAUUCCAAGUGCGACGUCAUUGCCAAGUACAACGCCGAUGAGGCCCGUGAGCUCAAGUCUCACGGUGAGCUCCCUCCCGAGGCCAAGAUCAACGAGGGUGAGACGUUCAACGAGGACGAUGGCGAUGCCAUCCUCUUCCAGGAUGUGGACGAGGAUGAUCAGCUGAACAAUGGCGACAGCGACGAGGACGACGAGGACGAUGACCUCGACCUCGGCGAUCUCGAUGACAUUUAAAGUGGUCUCGUGACGCUUUUAACCGAGCAGGAGUCAUGUGAGCUAUCAACAUCUCCUUGUGUUGAUUCUUUGUUUUUUCUGGCGGAGCGGGGGAGCAUGGUGUGAAUAGCUGUCGUGUACAGCCACUGUUAGCUGCUCUGGCCAGCCGAUGACAUUGUGACACCCUGACUUGUGUGUGUCUGCAUCUGAACCGCCCUUCUGCGCCUGAAGCUGGCCAGCAAUCAGCUUGCAUGGCCUUGUCGUGUCCCUGCCAUUGAUGAACAAAUUAGCCAUUGUUUAUCGAUGAGCUGCCUAGCUUGGAGGUGGUCGAGUCAUCCGCUUGUCAGAGGCGCGUUGUGUUUGACUGCUGCGCUGCCCUCCUGCUGUCAUCGUGUGUUGUGUAUUUGUGGUGUGAUACCCUUGCGCUCCUGUUUUCUCCUUUUGCUUGUUGUUUGUCUUUUCCUUUGCCUUCUUCUGAAACCCGGCGUCAACAACUUCUGCCAUGGGCACGGCUUGCCUUGGUGGUGUUGGCGCACUUGGUUUUAAAACGUGUUGUUAGCGAUGGGUGAUUCCGCCAAGCGGGCUUGCCUCAUUCGUUUUCGCACACACCCCCAUUCUCAAGCUAAAGUUCCACCGCCUGUGUCUUCCUUUCACGGUCGUGUGGGUCACUGUCCUUUUUUUUUUUUUCCUGCUGCAGUGAGGCAGCAGCGAGGCAAUGUGGGGCUCUCAUAUCUGGUGGCCGACUCGUCGGCCGCGGUAUCGUUUCCAAUCUUUUCCUUCAAUCCCCACUUGAGCUAAUUUGAUCGACAAAAGCCGG